AUGAUCCGUCGAUAUCAGGCUAGGACUAAGACGGCCAGUCUGGCCUUCGUCACCCACGGAGGAUGGCUGCGGCAAUUGUUCGUGUUUUGCCUCGCCGAGAGAUGUAACGACGCGGGAGGUGUGGAUCCGGGUUCUGAAUUUGGCAUGCUUUCAUCCAGCCGCCGUUAUCACAGAUUCGUGUGUACCAGUCACCGACUGGAGAAAGUUCAGGUUUGCAUAAUCGACGUAUAUUCCGGGUUCAAUGAGGAUAUUGCGAAUACUCAGCAGGUCUUAGGAUCGCUGAAAAGCCGCUUCAUGCAACAGAUUCGUAGAUCCAUCAGUAUCAUGAAGGUUGACUUUGUUCUGCCUUCUCUUUUGAGGUUAUCCUGA